AUGGACAGGGAGGUGCCAGCCCAGGCGCUGAGCUCGCCCGGGCUGGAUUUAGAGCAGAUCCGGAGGGAAAUCGCCCUUCUUGACCAGUGGAAGGACAUCUUCAGUCACCCUGGGUUGGGAACCAGCAACGCUGCUCUUCAGAAGCUUCGGCAGAGUCUCCUGGGGAGCUCGCUCGGCGCCUUCAGUGCGGACUGGGAGCAGGCCUGCUUCCGCUUCCAGCGCCCAGCCUCAGCCCUGGCCUUCGCGCUGCAGGUGGGCAAGGGAGGGGCCCGGAGUGUCCAGAUGGCCGUCCAGGGCUUCAUCGUCAAACACCUGCUGUUCCCUGCGCAGGGCACUGUCCCGUCUCCCGGCAGCCUCUCCGCGCUGGGUCCCCUGGAGCAGGGCCGUGGCCUAGCUGCGGCGCUGACCACCAUCCUGUGGGCUGCAGGGGCGGCUCGCAGGGCCACCGUCUGCCUCGUCACCCCCACGGCCAGCCACUCCGGGGACGAUGUCAUCGAGCGGCUCCGGCUGUUUGAACUCUCCGAGAGGGAAGCCACUGAGCAAUUCAUCUACGAUCAUUUACCAUGUUUCGAAGCGGAAGGGAGCCGGGGCGUCGUCCUGUUCCUGUGCAGCCUCGUCUUGUCCAGGACCCUCGAAAGCCUGCAGACGGACCUGGACAGCUCCACCCCGCACCUGCUACGACCCCACGCCGGCAGCUUCCUGUGCAGACAGGCAGCGGUGAACCUGCUGCUGACGGGCAGAGCCAGCCCCCAGGUCUUCAACGGGCGCCAGGAAGGACCAUCCGGGGACAUGCUGCAGGGGGUGCAGGGUCGCAGCGAGGUGGGCUACCUGCAGUCGGGGAAGGACCUCUCGGAGGACCACAGACCUUCUCAGGUGGGGAGCAUGCUGCAGACACCCCGGUUUCCCAUUUGGCUGUGCAACCUCAGCGGGAGUCACAGUGUCCUCUUCAGCACCAACAGGCAACUCGUGGCUGACUGGAAGGCGGAGCGCGUCUUCGGGCUACAUUUCUUCGAUGGGCACUUGGCGCACCUGACUGUAGAUACCCAUGCUCACCCCUGGGAAAGCACACGGCGCGAGGAGGAGCGCAGGCCCGGGAGACGCUGCUCUCUGCUAGAGAUGGCCAUCAGGACCAAGUGGAGUGAGGCCAGCGUCCACUGGGCCGGACCCGCCCCCUCUGUCUGA